GAUCCCACAGACGGUGAGGUCAUGACCUGAGCCGAAAUCAAGAGUUGGAUGCUUAAUGGACUGAGCCACCUGGGCACCCCUUCUCUUGGCUUUUAAAGGAAAAUCUGAACAGCUUCCCGUGGCAUACAAGCCCUACGUGCUCUUGCCUGGCUGGCCUUCCCCACUUCUCCUCACAGUUCUGCCCUCCUGAGUCAACUCCAGACCCUCUGGACUCCUCUCGGUUCCGAGAGCAGGGCUUGCUACCACCUCAGGGCCUUUGCACUGGCUGUUCCCUCUGACUUGGACACCAUUCCCCGCAUUUUCUCACCUCCGGUUCCUUCCUGUAACCGGGGUCUCAGUUCGCAUAUCACCUCUUCAGGGAGGGUUUUCUGGACCACCCCAUCUGUCCCCUGUUGACAAUCUGCCUGCCCUCAACCAGACAUCCUCGAUCUAUUUCGGAGCACCUGCCACUAGUUUAAGAUCCUGAACAUGGAAGAUGAUCAGAACUGGUACAAGGCUGAGCUGCGAGGUGCUGAGGGCUUUAUUCCCAAGAACUACAUCCGCGUCAAGCCCCACCCGUGGUACUCGGGCAGGAUUUCCCGGCAACUGGCCGAAGAGAUUCUGAUGAAGCGGAACCACCUGGGAGCCUUCCUGAUCCGGGAGAGUGAGAGCUCCCCAGGGGAGUUCUCUGUCUCCGUGAACUACGGCGACCAGGUACAGCACUUCAAGGUGCUGCGCGAGGCCUCGGGCAAGUACUACCUGUGGGAAGAGAAGUUCAACUCCCUGAAUGAGCUGGUCGACUUCUACCGCACCACCACCAUCGCCAAGCAGCGGCAGGUUUUCCUGCGGGAUGAGGAGCCCCUGCUCAAGGCCUCUGUCCCAGACCUCCUGCAACCUCUCCCCUUCACCGCCGUGGGCCAGGUCUGCCCUUGGAGAAGGGCCCCCGGGCCUGCUUUGCCCAGGCCCAGUUUGACUUCUCGGCCCAGGACCCCUCACAGCUCAGCUUCCACCGCGGUGACAUCAUCGAGGUCCUGGAGCGCCUGGACCCCCACUGGUGGCGGGGCCGGUUCUGCGGACGCGUGGGCUUCUUCCCACGGAGCUACGUCCAGCCGGUACAACUGUGACCAGGGUGGGGGCCCGGGGCGGGGGCAGAGCCAGCAGGCCAUCCGCCCACCAGACACUGAGGUCCAGAGAGAGGACGUGGACGCCCCGUCCCGGGGUCCCACGGGGCUCAGCCUCACUGGAAUGUGGACCUCCUCACUGCCAGGCCCGGGCUCCCGCUGCUUCAUACAAACGGAGACGGGGCCUCGGUGCCCGAGGACCGCUGCGAUGUUCAGUGCUCACUAGGCAGGGGGAGCUCCCAGAGCUUCCUGCUGGCCUCUUCCUGUUGGCUGCCAGCUGCAUGGUGUCACGGGGCAGGGGGACAGAAGCCCCACUCACUCCAACCAUCAAUGGCCGCGGUCUCAGGGCUCUUGUAUUUGGGGGCUCUACCCGAGGAAGCAUGGCGGACGGGUUCACCUGGGGCUGACCAUCUUCUGGGCCUCCCUGCCCACCCUCGGAUGGCCCCUUGAGGUGUUCUGGCUACCGGGAAAGUGGCUUAGCGGUGAGGGACAGGCAAGGGGACUGCACGCACAUUGACCUGGACCGAUGGACGGACUCCAGGUGGAGACUGACUUCUCAGCAGCCCCCUGACGACUUCGGGCCCCACUUGGGUGUCCAACACCCUCACCCCACCACAGACACUUUGGGGAGGGCCUGCGGGAGGGGAGUGCAGGGAUGAAAGAAACAGGCAGCUGUCCCUCUCCCAUAGGCCCGACACGAUGGACAAGCUCCGAGGGCAGACCCCGGGCACAGCCACUUGGGGGACCUGGCUGCCCUGGCCUUCUCUGUAUAGGCCCAACUUCUGCCCGGACUGGGGUUCCCGGAGCUCAGGGAAGCUACAGGCCAGGCGGG